AUGUCCGUCCAAGGAUCAAUGGAGUCCAAGUUAUCGAGCUUACACAUAGAUCUCCCUCCUAGCUCGAAAGAUAUACCCUCCAAAACGAAGAACGGCGUGUUGGAUUCGUGGGAGGACGAUGAACCCGAGGAGACGUCGAAUACGCAAACACCUGUUGACGGAGUGGGACCCCCACUGAAGCCAGUCAAGUCGUUGGAUCCUGCAUUGGGACCACCUCCUCCGACUCCUAUCUCACCAGGUGGGCAGGAUAUCGACUGGUCCCCUGCCCAAGUUCUUGGAGGGGGCCGUCCGAGCACCCGGCCAUACUCUCCGCCUACCCCGUCUACUGCGCAAGCAGAUUCUGAUAGAGACCGAAGGAGACCAGAGAAGACCACGGCUACCGCAAGUCGAAUGAUUGCUGCUGGAUUAGGAAUGAAGGCCCAAAAGAAGACGGAGGAACAAAGGCAGUACGAUCGAGCUGUAAGAGAGCAAGAGGUGAAACGACGGAACCGAGAAAAGGAAGCAAAGGAGCGUGAAAAGGAAGCUGAUGAAAAGAUGAAGGCUGCAGUCUGGGACGGUUGA